CGGAAAGCUGUCGUUCAUCAACUUCCGGUGUCGCGGUGUAGCUGAGAGACGACGCAAAAAAGCGGGCAUGCUAAGUCCUUUGUUGUUACAGCUCGCCUAAACGCGUUUGUUUACGUGCAUUGCGUCGUUAAAAACGUACAAACUCGUUUGGUGGAUGAGCUCACCCUUUACUGGGUGUAUUUGGAGUAGGUGCGUCGCACUCACCAGGGUAGCAGACAAGCUAGCGGUGUGAGGAGAAGGCCCUCUCCGCUGCUAACUGUAGCUGGCUAAUCCUCGGAAACACGUUUUCUAAUUAAUUGGGCGCGCUUUCUUUCCAUAAGUCACUCAGACUCCAAGCUGCAAUUUGUUGCUUGGUUGAAUUUGCGUUUCACUUCGUAUCGAUCGCCAUAGUUGUUUUUGUUGGCCGUAAGUUUUUUGGGGAGCGUGGUUGACAUUGUUGUUAGCAUCAGCUAGCCACCGCCGCCUGAUCAACGCAGUUGUAGCUCACAAGUGAAACAUGUCGGACUUCGAUGAAUUUGAGAGGCAGCUGUCGGAAAACAAACAAGUUGUUCCUACAGCUGAAAGGGACAAGGAGAACCGACAUCACCGCCGUUCUGCAUCUCGCAGCAGAAGCAGAGAUAGGAAGAGGAGGAGCAGAGAGAGGGACAGACGCAGCAGGGACCGCCGUGGUGACAGUAAGGACCGCAGGCACAGACGAAGCUCACCGGCCAGCUUCCCCCAGGACAAUACUGGAAGCCGCUCUCCGCAUCGUGAAAAGAAGAAGAAGGUGAAGAAGUACUGGGAUGUUCCCCCACCUGGCUUUGAGCACAUCACCCCCAUGCAGUACAAAGCCAUGCAAGCUGCUGGCCAGAUUCCUGCGACUGCUCUUCUGCCGACCAUGACUCCAGAUGGUCUGGCUGUUACACCCACCCCUGUGCCUGUUGUGGGCAGUCAGAUGACGAGGCAGGCUCGUCGACUUUAUGUGGGAAACAUUCCCUUUGGUAUCACAGAGGAGUCAAUGAUGGACUUCUUCAAUGCUCAGAUGCGUUUGGGUGGUCUAACUCAGGCUCCUGGAAACCCUGUUCUUGCAGUUCAGAUAAACCAGGAUAAGAAUUUUGCCUUCCUUGAGUUUCGUUCAGUUGACGAAACAACACAGGCAAUGGCAUUUGAUGGCAUCAUUUUUCAAGGCCAGAGUCUAAAGAUCCGUCGUCCCCAUGAUUACCAGCCACUGCCGGGCAUGAGCGAGAAUCCCAGUGUCUAUGUGCCUGGUAUACAGCCAAUUAAUGGUGUGGUGUCCACUGUUGUGCCCGAUUCUGCUCACAAGCUCUUUAUCGGUGGCCUGCCCAAUUACCUAAAUGAUGACCAGGUCAAAGAGCUACUGACGUCAUUCGGGCCCCUGAAGGCCUUUAACCUGGUGAAGGACAGUGCCACCGGCCUUUCUAAAGGAUAUGCUUUUUGUGAAUAUGUUGAUGUCAACCUAAAUGAUCAGGCUAUUGCUGGCCUGAAUGGCAUGCAGCUGGGAGACAAGAAGCUUCUAGUGCAAAGAGCCAGUGUGGGAUCCAAGAACGCCACUUUGACUACUAUAAACCAGACCCCAGUGACGCUGCAGGUGCCGGGUCUUAACAGCGCAGUCACCCAGAUGGGCGGUCUGCCUACUGAGGUGCUGUGCCUGAUGAACAUGGUGGCUCCAGAAGAGCUGCUUGAUGAUGAAGAAUAUGAGGAAAUUGUGGAGGAUGUCAGGGAAGAGUGCAGCAAGUACGGUCAAGUGAAAAGCAUUGAGAUCCCACGACCCGUGGACGGCCUCGAGGUGCCGGGCACUGGAAAGAUUUUUGUGGAGUUCAUGUCGGUGUUCGACUCCCAGAAAGCCAUGCAAGGCCUCACAGGAAGGAAGUUUGCCAAUCGGGUGGUGGUUACCAAAUACUGCGAUCCAGAUGCAUAUCACCGCAGAGAUUUCUGGUAAAGACAAGACAGAGAUGGGGUGGGUGGUUUGGCUAUAUCCCCUUUCCAAAUCCAACUUGGCAUCACUUCAUGAGGGUCAGAGAGGGCAAACUGUUUGGGAAAAUGAACUUAUGCGUCAUAAUAUGAGACCACUUAUAACAGCUUUGACUCACAGUUGGCACCAGAGGCUUUGGGAAGGUUUACAUCUAGUCCUUGAGGACGAGCUGUAGUGAGGAUAUAGCCGAGUGUUGUAAGAGUAUGCCCCACUUUUUUCGCAAAUGUGUGUAAUAAUAGUUCCAGGAUUUGGGUUGACAAUUUUUUUAUACUUUAAGACUGAUGACCUAGUUGCCACAGUUAAAAUUUGUAUUUAAACGAAGGUAGCCUGUGAGUACGUGAGGAAGAGCUGCAUUCGGGAACAAGCUGUUGAGAAGAAGAGGGAUGUUCAUUUGUUAAGAGCGGUUAAAGAUGUUCUCUUUUUGUUUUCGCCACCUUUCGUAGAAAAAUAGCUGUGAUUUCACUUCAGUAUUGCCACCAUUACAAGGCAAGAGUCCUCGUUUUUGAUAAAUUCGUCUCACCUUUCUUCGUUUCUGUCACAGUAGCGCCCCCGCUGAACUAAUGUCGGAGAAACUGAUUGUUUCUGAAUGUCGGCUGUCAUUGCUCGAAUCCUGUCAUCACUGAGCUGUAACCUCCCUCUGUAUUUGUCCUGCCUCGACUUAGAUAUUUUUGAUUGUGCAUCUUCUAGCUGAUUCUGUUGCUGACCACAGGUCUGAAAUUGAAUUACAACUGGCAGAGGCAAAUGCGUUUCUCUCUUUUUAACCUAACGGCCUUCAUGCCAGUCCAUCCCAAUUUGGCCAAACUGAGCUAUGCUUCCUGUUACAAUGAAUUGGUCACAAUCAUCUUCUUUUGCUCGAUUUACAAGCUUUUUUCCCCCGUCUUUAUCUAAAAUGAGAGAUUUGUUGGACCCAAUGUCUUUUGUGUAUUUGACCAAAUAAACGUGAUUAAUAUCAAA